AUGUCUUCGUCGUCCUCCUCCCCCGUCGCGCGCGGGUUCCUCGUCGCGUACGUCGCGCACGACGCCUCCGGCGCGCCCGUCCCGCGCGCGUGUCUGCGCGCGACGUACGGCGAGGACGGCCGCGAUGGCGCCGCCGCGGACGCCGCGCUGCUUCGCGUCGUCGGCGAGAAGCACUUCCUGUUCCCCGAGUACGCGGCGUCGUCGCUGACGUCCGUGACCCCGCGAAGCACGAUGCGUGCGGAGGCGUACACGUUCUCGCUCACGGAGAGCGACGGCGCGCGAACGCACGGGUUCUGCCGCCGGUUCCUGCCCCCGGCGAGGCGCGGCGACGGCGACGGCGUCGCGGCGCGGUAUCCCGUCGUCGCGUGCGUGCUCUCGAGGCAUCCGUGGUUCGACUUCUUCUUCGACGCGCUCGAACGCGUCGGCGACCGCGUCUGCGCGUUCGACCUCGCGAACACACCGAUCCUGCCUCCGGACUCGCACGUCGCGCAGUUCAUGCGGUCGACGUGCGCGCGCCCGCGAGCGGCGCCCGGCGCGGAGCUCGUGAUCCCGCUCCCGUGGGCGGACCCCGUGAGCGCCAAGCCGAAGGAUUGCGUUUUGUCCGUCCCGGAUGUCGCCGAGCACGGCCGCCGCGACGACGCGAUCGUGUCCUUCGCGCCGCUGCUGUUCCAGGCGGUGACGUCGGACGCGACGAUCGCGCUGUUCGCCGCGCUGCUGCACGAGAGAAGGGUCGUGAUAAGCGGCGGGGAUCUCAGCGCGCUGAGCGCGGCGGUGCACGCGGCGGCGGCGACGACGCGGCCGCUGCGAUGGACGGGGAUCUUCAUGCCGACGAUGCCGGCGUCGCUGAUCGAUUACCUCACCGCGCCGAUGCCGUUCCUCGUGGGGUUGCACGCCUCGCACGUGCCCGCGAUGAAAACGCUCCCGACGGACGACAUAUUCCACCUGAACCUGGACGACGGCGCGUACACGUACUUCGAGAGCGACGUGGAUUCGCUUCCGACGCGACCGACGCGCGCGCUGCGAAGCGCGUUGGAAGCGCAGAUGAAGAGCGUGCGGCUGGACGACGACGCCGUCGCGGGCGCGUUUCGAAAGUUCAUCGCGACCGUGCUCGGGCCGUACAAGAAGCACGUCGUCGCGGACGCGGAGCGCAGGGCGCCGAGGGACGCGGUCGCCGCGGACGGGCACUGGCUCGAUCAGGAGGGGUUUGAAAACGGCGCGUCCACGCGACGCACGAAGGAGCUCCUCAACGCUCUGCGAGGGACGCAGCACUACGAGGUGUUCGUUCGGAACGCGCUAGAGACGCGGAGCUUCAGCCGCGACGCCGGGAAGGGCGCGCCGCUGCGAGGCGCGGGCGGGGUGUUGGCCGCGGAUCCGGACGACGUGGACGUCGACGCGGAUUUCGAUGGCGCGUCGUAUUCGGACCGGUUCCGAGACGCGAGCGGGAGCGCCGCGGCGGCGGCGGCGCGCGCGAAGAAGGCUGCGUCGAAGAAAGCCGCGGCGGCGUCCGCGUACUUGUCGCAGAAAUUCGGCGGCUCGAAGAAGAACGACGGGCUGCUUCGCCGAAGCGGCAGCAGCAGCGAUCGUUUAGGCGACGACGACGACGACGACGGCGACGGCGGCGGCGGCGACGGGAGAGGUCGCUCGUCGAAGUCGUCGUCGUCGUCGUCGUCGUCGUACAAACCGCACGCGCACUCGCGCGCGUUCGUUCAGAAAAGCGACGACAGAGAGGCGCUGCCGAUGUCGAGAGAGGCGACGAUCGCGAACGCGACGGAGCCGACGCUCGCGGAGCGCGUCGCGGCGGCGCAGAGCAAACGGCACGGCGCGGCGUCGUCGCCGUCGUCGAUCGCGUCCGCGUCGCCGCCGAUAUCCCCGAGCGGGGCGACCGCGCAUCACAGCGCGUUCGCGCCGCCGCCGCGGGCGCCGCCGCCGCCGAUCACGGCGGCGGUCCCGCCGCAGAGGGCGGCGGCGACGGCGGCGACGGCGGUGGGCAUCCCGCCGCGGCCGCCGCCGGCGUCUUCGGCAUUCACGCCGUCGUUCUCGCCCAAGGGGAGCGACGCGGGGACGGACCCGUUCGCGUCGUCGCCGAGGGCGUUCUCGCCCGCGUCGUCCGCGGGCGGGUCCCCGGCGGCGGCGGCGGCGUCGCCGCCGUCGUUUUUCGCGAACUUUCCCGCCGCCGCGGCGUCGCCGUCGCCGUCGCCGUCGCCGCCGGCCGGUCGGCAGCCCGCGCCUCCGGAGGUUGAUUUUUUCGCGCCGUCGACGCCGACGAUGCACGCCCCCAGGCGGGAGGAUCCCGGGGACGCGCUCGCGGCGGCGCUGGGGAUGAUGGACGUGGGGAACGCCGCGACGCCAAAGGGCGCGGACGCGCCCUUGAUCGAUUUACUUUGA